AGAAUGCCGAUUAUAAAUGUAGAUGAUCUGACAGACAAGGACAAGGCUGAAAUGGAAGUAAAGCAACUUAAAACUGAAAUUAAACUUGAGAGGUGGAUGACAUCUAAAUGCUGUGAGGAGAUCAAGGCAUACAUUCAGUCUGGAGAAGAGGAAGACAUCCUUUUCAAAGGCAUUGCAGAGGACAAGAACCCCUUCAAGGAGAAAGGUGGCUGUGUCAUUUGCUAG